AUGGAAGCCAAGUCCAUACGUGUCCUGGGGAAUUCUCAACUGAUCAUGGGGCAAGUAAAUGGGAUGUAUGAAGCAAAGGAAGAACGGAUGAAGAAAUACCUUAGUAGGGUGAUGUGCCUUGUGAAAAGAUUUGAAAAAGCUGACUUCGUUCAAAUCUCAAGGGAAAAGAACGUGGAUGCUGAUACUAUAGCAAAAGAAGCCUCAGCAAAUGAAUCAAUGGACGAAUCAGAUGAAGUCCAGUAUAUGCCAAGUAUAGAUAUCCCGAAGUACAACAGGGACUUUUGCUUACACUUUGGAAUUCAAAACCAUUAUUCCUCACCUGCACAUCCCCAAGCCAACAGCCAAGCUGAAGUUGCAAACCGAUCCUUGUUGAAAAUCAUCAAGACACGACUUGAGGGGGCAGAGGGAGUAUGGCCAGAUGAAUUACCAAGAGUUUUAUGGGCAGACAGGACCACAGUAAGAACCCCUACAGGGGAGACUCCUUUCAAGCUAGCCUAUGGAAGCGAUGCAGUCAUACCUGCAGAAGUACAUAUGGCCAAUCACAGGGUGAUGAUAUAUCAAGACAAAGAUAAUGAGGAACAACUCCAUCUGAACCUCGAUCUAGUAGACGAGGUAAGGGCAGAUGCAGAACACAGGGCAGCAAAGUACAAGAACCUCAUGGCUAGGCAGUAUGAUGCGAUGUUAUGUUUAAUGUUGUUUGUGUUGGAAGCUUGA